CUGUCUGUCGUUCGACUGCGGCGGGCGGACGACACCGCCAAGGCGAUGUGGGACGCCCAGCUGUCCUGGCCGGUCGUCAACGGCACCGAGCCGAAAAAGGACUCCAGCGGGGAGGCCGUCUUUGGGUCGAUGGAGGAAAAGGCGCGCUUCCAGAACCGCGAGCAGGUGCUGGCUCUGGAUAAGGCGUGCUCCGACCUCAAGGCGGACGACGAGGCCGACUACGACGGCUUCCUCGGACCACUGGACCGCUUCCAGUGGCGGACCACGGCGGCGUACUACAUGUGCACCUUCACGAUGAAGGCUGAAAUCGCGCUCCGGCACUUCGGCGAGCCUUGCGACAACUGGGCGUGGUGCCUGGAUUGGGAGGUCGGCCCCUCCAACGGCGACCCCCGAGCAAGAGACGAGGAGCCCUUCCAGUGCGCGAGGUACAGCUUCUGCCCGGACCCGUGCUGCCCGCGACGGAGCGUCCGCACCCUGGAGGACUGCGUCGAGGACAACCCCUGCCGCUACGCGACCGCGACCCUCGGUUCGGCCUGUGUGUGGACACGGACGAGUGCGAGACGGCCAACCCCUGCAACGAUAGGCAUCAUGAGGAGUGCGUGAACACGGCCGGGAGCUACGUGUGCCGCUGCCGCUGGGGCUGGCGGUGGGGCCGGGCCGGCAGGUGCGUCGCCGACCCGACGGCGCGGGCCGCGGCCUCGGCCCUCCGCGGUGGCGAGGAGGUGCCCGGCGACGGUCCUCCCCGCGGGGCCUGGGAGGUGCUCCAGGACAUCCUCGUCCCGGCUGCAGCAUCCUGAUAACAACGGGAUGCACGCCAGCCGACGACGGAGGCAGUGAGUAGGCACCUGGUGCUCGGAGCCGGCGUUACGUUACAGUGCAGUCUAAGUGGUGCCCGACGACGAUAUCAUGUCAGAAGCAGUGGAGCCACCCGGAAGCACGCCGAGGAUGCCGUGAUGGACAUCAGCCGCUGACGAGGACGGGGAGCUGCCCUGCCGCCGCCCAUCAACACACCAGCUCCGCUCCAAGACUCCCCAUCCUCCAUGCCUGACUAAUUUAUGGCCCGCUCGUGCAAUCGAUGGGCGUGGAGCUUUCGGCUCCAGCGGCCGCGCGGCCAGGGCGGCCAGCCGCCGGGGGGCGGCGUCCGAACGGGCGGGCGGGCGUGACGGCACCGGCUGGGAGCUGCGUGGCCCACCCCGCACGCAGCCCGGCGGUGUUUUGUUAGAGCCGAGUUGGCGGACGUGACAAGAAGCGUCGAGCAAUCGGUUGACGUGGCGUUGCGCUGCGACGCGUGGCCCACCCGGGUGGGGAGCGGGUUACAAAACUUGGGACAGAGAUUUACGCUGCGUCAAUUCCGGCCUGCUAAUGAGUCGAGUCAUUCUCACGGAGCUCCGCUGCGAUAUAGUAGGUCACGGAGAGAGAGAGAAAUGAUAGACAAAAGAGGACGAAAUAAACAAUGUGUUCGA